UCUUUGGUGAUAGAGGUGCCGCCAUCCAUGGGCAACAGCCAAACCCAAGCCUGCGUCUCUGCUUUCUUUAUUUUUUCUAUUUUUAUUUUAACCAAUCCUUAGCUAUUCCCCAAUCCAAUUCCAUAACCCUAAAAAAGUUGUACCUUGAUUAACUUUUUUUGCUUCUAUUUUCCCCUUGGUUGAUGUUCUGUUAACUAAUUAAUUCUUAUCGGCGGCUUUGUUCUUUAGUUAACUCGGUUCAACGUUAUCUUCUGGAGGAAAGGCGUUCUUCAACUGCCAUUAGUAUGUCGCCAUAGUCUUCAGAUAAUAUCUCAUGCCAAUGGCGGCUGAUCAUCGAAGAAAACGGCUUAAUGGUGUCAGCAUUGCAGGUUGCAGUUCUUGGGAGCAAUACAAAACUAAAAAAAAGAAACUAGGAUCCCCAAAAAAUGAGUUAAACACAAAGUCUCACAUUUCUCUCGAGUGGGAUGGCGACAACAGACAAGUCAUUGCCAAAAGGGAGCAGGUUGGCUUCAGGCAGAAAGAUUUGAGGGAAUUUAUAGAUCCUUUUUCUCAGAGGCAUGGUAUUUUAGCAGAUGUUCUUGCAAUUCCUCAAGAACUUUUUGAACUGGAGAAUUUGACAGAGGUUCUAUCAUUUGAGGUUUGGAAUACUCAUUUGUCAGAAAAUGAGAGAAAAUAUCUUAUGCAGUUUCUUCCUAGAGGAUCCGAUGCAGAAGAAGUAGUGCACGCAUUGCUUGCUGGGGACAACUUUCACUUUGGAAAUCCUCAUUUGAAAUGGGGUGGUUCGCUUUGCUCGGGCAAUCUUCACCCUGAUGCCAUUAUUCAUCAAGAACAGUGUAUAAAGGCGGAUAAGAAACUAUUCUACUCUGAGAUACAGAAUUACCAUGCUGACAUGAUAAAGUACUUGCAGAUGCUGAAGGAGACUUGCGAAACCAGCAAGGAUUUUGAAAGUGAAGUUGCGCAGAAGAUAUGGAGGUCAAGGAGAGAUGUGGACAAGCGAAUAUCCUCAUGUGAAAAUGACACUAGAUUUUAUAACCUUGAGGAAAGUGCUGUGGAUACAUCUGAAUCAUGCUCCUUGUUUGCUGAGGAGAAUGUAUGUAGCAGUGACAAUCAAAACUCUUCAGUAAAAAAGAGUGGUGAACUUCAUCGGAGGACUCAUGAUAAAGGCUUCAUGAAGGAAAAAACUGUGAAGCCAUUGGUUGCUUCGGAUGAUGCAAGACCCAGAAGAGAAGAAAAGCUACGAAAGCGCAAUAUUCAGCACACUGACGGUGUCAAAUAUAUGUCAUACUUGAAGAUAAGCAAGAAGCAGCAUCAACUUGUUAAGAGUAUGAAGCAGUCUGGCAAGAGCAUCCAAUCUAAGUCUCUUAACCGUGUGCUAGGAAGCCUUGAUACACUACAAGUGCAACCAUAUGAAGUAUUUGUGAAAGAGGAACAAACAAAGUUGCAGGAGCAUUGGAUUCAACUGGCAAGAAAAGAUCUUCCUGCAGCAUAUGAGAUCUGGCGACACAUACAGUUUCAGAGACAUGAAAUUAUGAAAUCCCUGGAGCAAGACAUAAAUGACAGAUUAGAAUCUUCUUUGGAGGACGGCCAUAAAGUGAACGAUGAUAGCAUUGUUCAGUAUCAAAAUGAGCAAGGAGCAAGAGAACAUGAAUCAGAAGCAGAGGAUAAGGAUGAAAUUUCCCAGGAUGUGAAUGAAAUUUCCCAGGAUGCUGUUCUUAAGUAUGAGAAUGAUCAAGUACCAAAGCAACACGAACUGUUUCUCCAGACAGAGGAGAAAUUAAAUGAGGAGACUGAUUUUGAGGAUCUGAAGGAUCAAGAUUUACCAAAAUAUGAAUCCAAUGUGGAGGAUGAGGAGAAAGACAGCGAUCAUACAGUUUUAAGUGAGGAUCAGCAUGACGGAGUAAGAAACCAUGUCUCCUAUGUCAAAAAUAAUGAAAAUUCUGGUCCUGGGUCACCACAAUAUCACUCUCAACGACAGAUUUCGUCCACUAGUGGCGAUAAUGAUCUUAGCCCUAUAGAUAUGGGUCCGGAAAAUAAUCACUUGGCAUUAAAAUCAGAUAAUACUUCUUCGGAUGCAUCUCAAUACUUGGGUAAUGCAAACACUGUAGAUGCUUCCACUAGUACAGGCAUUCCCAUCUCUUCUGGAAGAGAUAUAUGGCCAGAAGAUAACAUGCCACAAACAUUUUAUAACUCAUCUAUGAACCAUGCAUAUGCAGCAAAUGGUGAGCUGUCUCUCCCACAACCAAUUGAUGAAGCUCAACGGCCCCAAUUAAUUGACUUGGAGUCUAAUGUGGUUGAAGAAGAUACCAGAAACAAUUUGCUGCACAGACAAUCUGACGGUGGUUCCUUCAGUUCUUACCCGAACCAGGAUCGAAAUGGGUUGCUGCAGUCCUUGUUUAAGGGCCAGGAGAUGCUACCAUAUCACCGUGAACACAAACAAAUGGGUUUAGAUUUCCAAUUACCACAGCAUAUGUUGAUGGGGGAUGGUCAUUUUAGUGGUCAGCUUCAGAGGCAGAUUCGGACCCCACUUCAACUGGAGCACGGGCUGAAGAGACACACUGAAAAUUACAUUGAACCAUCAAUGUCAGGAAACCUUUACUCUCAAGGAGGCGCAUACUCAGUUCAAAGACAAGGACUUGUGCCGUCCGUCAAUCUACAGAACUGGCCUGUUAAUCCUGUUCGCAUGUCAGCACGACUCCCAUCUCACUUGAAUAAUGAUCCACUGUUAACUCAGAAUUGGUAUUCUGGUGAGCAUCAACUUCGUGGUGCCUGGAACAGUGCCAAUGGUACAAGCAUCUCAGGUCAGGGCAUCGGAAGUAAUACAGAUCAGGGCUUAUUUAGUGCUCUGUCCCACUACAACCAAUUGAAUUUGAGUAACCAUUCCAACCCAAUGGGGCCUACUGAGCAUUUUAUGCUGCCGAGGAACUAUGAAAUGGCAAGUGGUGUUCCUUCUAGUAUCGAUACUUCUUUACCACAAGCAUCCCUUCCACUUGACUAUGGGACCCGACGUGAAGCACCGAGUUCAUUGAUUUCUGAUGAAUUGGGAUGGAUGAGUUUGCCUCAGAAUCCAGGUUUACAUGAUCCAGUGGGGAAACCAUAUUUAAGGUCAUGGAAUCAGUAAGAGUAGUUGUUUUUCUUUCUUAUCAGUGAGGUUCAAGUCAACGAUCUCGGUUUUGAAGAUCUAUGACAUGAAAUAUAAUAUCAGAAGUAUCCGUCAGAGUAAAUAGAUGUUUUUGAGAUUACAGGAGAUUUGCAGCUCAUCAGAAACAGAAGAAAAUAAGUUAUUGAGAUAGGAUUUGUACAUAGGGUUAUACAAGAGCCAACUGAAAUUCAUGUAAAUAUGCAGAUGUUAGAUGAGUGCUGUGCAAGGCAAGGGAAAAGAUAAAGGAAGGAUCAAAAAGGAUUCUGAUAUCUCUAUUGGUAGGUGGGUUAUAUAUUACAUUUUUGCUCCGAUCGACAUUUUUUGUUUUGCAAUUUUCCCUUAAUUAACUUAUGAUUUAUCUUUUAAUAAUUAUGGAGUUUAUAAAUUAUUCGGAGGCUA